GGCAGCGGAAGGGGGAAAGUGAGUCUUGGGAGGGAGGACCGUGCUAGCCCCAUGGGACACCCUCGGAGACCCCGCGUUCUGCCAGGUGCCUAGAAGAACAUGUAGUAGAGUUUUUCAUCAAACAAAUGAAACAUAUCACAGAACUUCGCAAGAUAAACAACUCUGCACAGAAAGACCAACACCCUGGCAAGAAACAUUCCAGACAUGUCAGCAAGAUACAGAAAGGUUUUACUGCAGCCUAUCCAACACAGUCCUCCAUUCCUUUUAAGUGUCAGAAUUUGGAGAUUCCAGGAUCAGAAAAAAAAGGAUUUAAUAGUCAAGCCAAGAGAUUUUAUUAUAAAAAGAACUUUUUUCUGGUGAAAGAACCAAAGUGGCCACCAGCCAACACUAUAGGCAGCCCAUAUGACUCACGCUUCUCAAAUGGGUGGUAUCGCUCUGACGACAUGAAAACGUUCAUCCAAGAUGAUGUCCCAGGUCCUGGGUUCUACAAUGUCAUCCACCAAUCUCCAGUGUCCAACAGUGUCUCACUGUCUAAGAAAGGGACAUGCACUUUCCCCUCUAUGCGUGCCCGAUUAGACACCAUCAUUUCUAAAUAUCCUGCAGCCAAUGCAUACACUAUCCCGUCGCAUCUGGUUUCGAAGAGAGACUUCAGUAAUUCCUGUUCCAGUAUGUUCCAGUUGCCAAGUUUUGCAAAAGGUCUCAAAUUUGAAACUCCUGCACCAAACCAUUAUAAUGCCUCUGACUCUUGCUGCAAACAGAGUAACAAUGUCUGUGCCCGAGCAGGGUUCAUAUCAAAGACCCAGAGGGGACCUUUCAUUCUUACUGACACAGGACCUCCACCAGGGCACUAUAACAUCAAUGACUCCCUUGUGAAGAAGUCACCAAAGAUAUUAAUGUCUUGUUUUAAGUCAAAAACUGACCGUGGAUCAAAACUGACAUCAACAGGCCCGGGACCUGGUUAUUACAACCCAACCCAUCAUGUGAAAAUUCAAAGAAAGAGUCUUUUCCCGAAAAACCCCAUCCUGACCUUCUCUGCUCAGCCCUUGCCUCUGCCCCCGAAGCUGCCGCUGCCUGGCCCUGGGCAGUAUGAGAUCGUGGACUACAAGGGGCCCCCCAAGCAUUUCAUCUCCAGCGCGUCGUUUGUGUCCAACACCAGACGGUGGACAGUGGCGCCAACUCAGCCAGGCCUGCCCGGCCCAGCAACCUACAAGCCGGAAUUCCUGGGCAAGCAGUCCUUUCUCUACAACGAGGACAACAAAUGGAUCCCAGUGUUGUAACAACUGCCCGCGAGCUCGGGGAAGGCCCCAGCCCCCCGCUGCCCCGUCUGGGCCCCUGUGACAUUCAUUCCGGGAAUGAGUGUUUCGUGUGUGACUGCUGGAGGAUGGGGUACACCCUGCCACCUCCUGGGGGUGACAGCUGGGCUGCCUCAUGUGCCGUUGCUCCUGCUCUCUCCUGGAGGAUGGGCCGACCCCGCUGACUGCGCGUUCCUGAGCAGAGUAAGGCGUGGACAGAACCUCCCAGGAAAGAACCUCCAGGGCACCCACUCGGGCUGGCUUCUGCGCGCCUCCCCUUGGACGCCAGGGUUCCUGGAGGUAGACUCCGGGGACAAGGCAUCUGUGGGCAGACACCCUGCCUAGAAGCCUGAUGCUGAGCCAGGGCCCUGGGCCCAGAGUGACCCUGCAGGUGGAUAGCACAGGCUGCGGCCUAGGUGGGUCCAUCCCGGCUUGGACCCUCAGACUCCUCCUGACGUCCCAGGAGCCAGGAAGGCCCAGUGGCACUUGUGACAUACAUGAGGAGGUUCCCUGGACCCCUCUUCCCCCAGAUAAGCCCGCAGAGCUGGCCUUCAGGGAGAGUGCGGCCACGGUGCUCCACACACAGCUCCAGAAGAGGCCGCAGCACAUGGGCGGACCCUGCUGGGGCCACAGCCCCGGGGGCGGAAGGCCUUGCGCUCUGUAGAUACCCUCUCGCCCCUCACCUGCCCGCCCCCUGGCCGCCC